AAAGGAAACUUUACCGCGGAGUUUGUAAUCGUUGCUAGGUCGGCUUUCUUGGCGAGCAGAUCGUUUUUAGGGAUCCUUUCUUAGCCAUGUAAAGGAUAUUACGGUUAGAAAAAGGCCCAAGUGUUUACAUAGGAGGCGGGGUCUCGGGUGACUUUUGCUCCGAAGGGGGAGGGGUGUAUGAUAAAAUUUAGCGGCACAGACGACGUCGUUCAACUUCAGGCCAAGUUGAUUCUAAGCAAGAAGAUUUAAACCUCCUUGGCCUAACUUCAAGUUUUCACCUCCACAAAAAGUUCAACACUUAUUCUGGGUUACUUACAGCAACCUGUACCAGUUUUCGCAGCCAGUAGAUGCGGAGAUCAGAUAGCCAACAGCAUGUCUAAGAAGAAGCGAGCUGAAGACAUCUUGGCCCUGCAGAAGUUAAAGCUCCAGUCUAUACAGCGAGAAAAGGAGGCCCUGCUGAGCGCUGUACAGGACAAGCAAGAUGAACUGACUGAUGUGAGAAAAGUCCUGAGGCAGGACAGACAGGCGAGGGAAGAUCUGGUUAUGGAUCGACUGAAUGGAAGAGCCUUGAAAGGAGAGCUAACCAACCUGUACGGACCACAGGCUGCACCCAGAGCUGUCAGGCAAUAUGCUCCCAGUACUGCCUACUCUGACACAGACAGAGAACCAACACCACUACUGGAUGACAUCAUGACCAGAAGACAACAGCAACACAGAAACAAGCAGACAGAACAGGAGUUGGAGUUACAGAGACUGAUAGAUGAGAAGCAGAGCAUUCUGGACCGGCUUGAGCAGAAGAAGAGGAGACCAAGGGACAACGACUGGGACACUACUGGUGAAGGAAGUGCCCACUUCCCCUCCCGGCACAGCACCCACAGUGCACAGAGCAUCGGUUCUCUGGUGAGACAGACCAGGGACAACCUGCCUGCCAUGGCUGAUAAUGUCAGGGCUCUCAGGGACUAUGUGGAAAACAAGUACCUCAGAAAGAGUCGUCCCUACAACGGAGAGUUGGGAUCUCAGUCUUACGAACCAUGGCAGAUGAAAGACUUCUUCAUGGUGCGGGAUAUUGUGGAGGAACUGGUAGAUGUUGUUUUGGACCAGUAUUUCAGGAGAAAAGACCCUGACGUCUUGUUGGACACUUACGAACAGCUGUAUGAGUUAGACAAGAAGGACUUGGAGAACUCCGUCAUGGCAGUGUCCCGCAGGAGAGCAGCUAUACUCAUCGCAGAAGAAUUCAUCAUAGAGGUAACACGUGAGAUGACAAGAGACACGGCGGAGGAACUGCGACACAUCCACGAGAUGUCGCGUGCGAUGGGACAGGACCUCGUCAUCAACUCCACCGAGAACGUCACGACGGGCAUACCGGAAGGUCGCGACCCUGAUGACCCGGCCUAUGACCUCGUGACCAGAGGAGUCACUCACAUGACCAGUGAAAGAAAGAGACUCAGGAAGGAACAGUGGAAUCACACACAACACCUCCACAUGCUGGGGGAAACUGUGGCAGAGGAUGAUGAGAGCCCAGAAGAAGGAGACAUCACGACCUUGAACUACCUCCACCUUCUCCCCAUGAACCUGAGAGAGUCGGACAAGUUACAAGACGUCUUCCAGAACUACAGUCAGGAGGAGGCACAGCACUUCAAGAAGAUGGUACCAGAUGUACUGGUCACCUUCAAGAUCAGUAAGAGGAUGCAGGGUAUCUCCAGUGCUGCUCUCUCUCCAGACCAGAGACUGUUAGCUGUGGGAAGUGUACAUGGUGACAUCAUGGUGUAUGAUGUGUGGAUGGAGCCGGGCCCGAGGCCCAUCCGUGAGAUGAGGAACGAGGGAGCGUCAGACGACCAGGUCCUGUACAUCAACUGGAGUCUGGACGGCACCAGGAUCAUCACUAUCAACGAGACGGGCAUCUUACUAGUCUGGUCCAUUCAGUCUGGAGGGGUGCGCAGAGAGGAUAUCAAAGCCCUUGACCUUGAGAAGGACAGCGAGGGAGUGUUCCCAGCACAGCUGACACAGCUGCUGGUCAUUGAUGUGGAUGAGGAUGACUUCAACUUCACCGAGGGGCCCUUCUUCGAGAACCAGGUCCAGACAGGGAGGUUUGCCCCCACCGCAGCAGCGUUUCACCCAUCUAUGACUCUCUUUGGAUCACAGAGUGACCUGGUGAUUUGCCUGGAGAAUGGAGAUCUGCUGAAGUGUGAUGCAGAGAAACUGAUGGCAGGCGACACCAAGAUCAACAAGCUGACCACACCUAGAGUGACCAGUGAGAAGAUCCAGACAGGUGAGUGGAACAGUCUGGCUAGCGGGAUGGAGGCAGAGCUGCUGCGUGCUCACCAGUCCCCGGUCCUGCUCAUGGGCAACAUACACAACAAUGGAGACCUCGUCACUGUGGACAGCAAGGGCUACAUCUUCCACUGGAAGUACAAGAGGAGACAUAUAAGCAGCUACGACUGGUUUGUGCCCUUCAAAAAGUACCGCUUGGAAACCGCAGAGAGGACGUUCACCCCGACCUCCAACAUCCAGCCCAAAAUCAUCUACACGGACGUUCAGAAGAAACAGAAGCAGGAGAAAAGUCGUCAGGACCUGGCCAAGGAGAGAGACAAGGCGGAAGAUGACAUCGCGUUACUGGGACUGGAGGACCCGUGGCACCGAGACUACCUGCCUGGGAAAGACCUUGUUACGACCAUCUACAAGCCCACAGAUGUGACCCAGGCUGGAGCACUGUUCCACAUCAUAUCCAGGUACCAGUCCACAGGGCAGCUGUCUACAUACAUGACCAGGUUAUACAAACCUAAAAAGCUUCCUGCAAGCCGCAUUCUCAGCUGUAGGUUCAACACCACCGGGACAGAGAUCUUCUUCAUGCUCUUGUACCCAGAGCACCCUCCCAAGCCUCCCCACGUGACCUUUGUGAGUGUUGAUGUGGUAACCAUGGAGAUGACGAGACUGAGGAUUGAUCACAACCUCACCGAGACAGAGUUUGAGCGAUGUGUAGAGGGGAAUGCAGCAUACUUUGAUGUUACUCGCCCGCAUGAUGUGACAGGUUCAGAGUACAUUAUAGCAGCCAUAGCUGGCACUGUGGUUGGUUACUCUGUGAACACAGGCAGCUACGUCUUAGGGACCCGCCAAGACUUCACAGGCUGCAGACUCAAUCCUAAAGAAAUCAACUGGCUAGCUGGAACAGACCUUAGGGUUGCUGACGUCCAUGGGAGGUUCAUGAUCCUGUCCUACAUGAAGAAACAGAACUUUGUCUCCGUCCUGAAGCUUCAGGACAAAAACACCAGCAGCAACAGACAGGACAUGUGGGAGGCCUACAAGCACUGGUCUGAUGUGUACCAGCCGCAGCGGUGGCGGCAGGAGCAGACCAUGCGGCACCAGCGCUGGGCGCUGUCAGGGCGGACGUACGUGGACGCCGAGCUGUACGUGAGACAUCUGCUGUACGAGAUGAUGGAUCGCGCCAUUCAGCAGCAGGACGGGAAGUACCAUCCUGACGAGAUCGUCGCAUACAAGAAGGAAGACAAGAGAACCCUACAGGAGAUGGUUCUGGGAGUGCAGACAGAUGUCGCGUCUUCCCACCGCAGGGUCAAAGGUCAGUACACAGCCAAUCAGCAAGGCAUCAUCUCGACAGCCCACCCAGCCCAAAACUGCAGGCUCAAAACAGCCCAGCGGAGAUGGUGGGAACUCCAGGCAGGCUACGGGAGGAGGGCAGUCUCAGUCUGGGAGAAACACGGGGAAUUCAAGAAGGCCGUCACAGAGAUAGUCUUGUAA